AUGAGCGGCGAGGUCGGGGGAGCCGGUGCGGGGCGCGGCCGGGGGGCGCCUCUGCAGUGCGCGGCGCCGGCGGCGAGGCGUGGCCGGGGGGCGCCUCCGCAGUGCGCGGCGCCGGCGGCGGGGCGGGGGCGGGGAGGGGGGGUGCCUGUCCUGCGGGGCGCCGGCGUGGGGCGCGGCCGGGCGGGCUCCUCCAACGUGCGGGGCGCCGGCACUGGGCUAGGCCGGGAGGGGCGACUCCGCCGUGCGCAGCGCGGGCGCGGGGUGCGGCCGGGCGGGCGCCUCCGCGGCUCCGCCGUGCGCAGCGCUGGCGCGGGGCUCAGCCGGGCUGGCGCCUCAGCCGUGCGAGGCGCCGGUGCGGAGCCCGGCCGGGUGGGCACCCCGGCGACUGGCGUGGUGCUGGGGCGCGGGGCGACGCCCCGGCGGCGGGCGGGCGGGUGGGGUGGGUGA